AUGACAGCUGAUACGUUCCUGUUCACUUCUGAAAGUGUCUCCGAAGGCCAUCCUGACAAGAUGUGUGAUCAAGUAAGUAAUUUACAUUUACAAUGCUUUAGUAAUACAUUAUAUCUUAACAAAAAUGCUUUGAUGCGAUUUUUUGGUUAAAAUCUUUGCUAUCACAUCACUACAAUAAACUUUUUGUCAACGUUUAUACUAAAUUUAGUGAUAAAUUAGUAACUAAAAUCUUUAGCCUACUUUUCAGUCUUUCCAACAUUAAAACCUAGUCUAACAUUGAAUAAUAUGCUCUAAAUCAUAAAUUAAGUGUAUAAGGUCAUCUCUUUCUUAUUCUGAUCUUUUUGCUCGAAAUUGUAAUGACUCUGAAUCCAAAGUGUAAUAACCGGUAACUAAACUACAAACUACCCUUACUAGCCAGUGAUAAUGCAACUACUUUUACCAAUUUUUGUAGUAAUCAUAGCUUUUAUUGUAAUCUUAAACUAUUGACUUACAGCCAAAAGUAAUUGGAAUUUAUUACCCUAUCAGAUAUUAUACUUGACAUAUUAUAGGUUUCUGCAACUUAUGGCUUUUAGCGCACUAAAAACAAAAGAAGUUUCAAAUAAUUAACAAAACUUCACUUUUUAUUGUAAUUUACAUAGUUUAGAGCAACUUUUUUGAUACCAACCACUUAUGUUUACUCCUCCAUAUAAUGUUUUCCAAAGUCUUUUAUUUUCCUUUCGGCUCAUUUUUUGUAAAAAGUUGCAAAGAAAAUAAAAGUUUACGAUCCGAAAGUGUCGUCUAGACAAAAAGGACUGUCCUUAACUUCUUUUUGCACUUUUGUCGUGACAAAGUUAUUGCGUCAGGUUGAUGACAUCUUCCGUCAAAAUUUGCCAUCAGAAAACGCCUGUAUCUUAUCAAAACACUGAUAAGGUCACUUGAAAAAGUCAUGUCUUUUUUGAAAUAGCUUUAAAACAUCCUUGAAGUUUCUUUAAAAGAUCUUUUAAAAGCAUUAAAAUAUUUCUAAAAGUUUAAAUUAAAAAAUUUUUUUUUGAAAUAAUCGUACAGUGAUUAUGAAACCUGAUCAAGUCCAUCGUAGAGAUUGUUAAAGAACUUCUUACUCAAUAAAAGCAAAAUAUAUUAAAGUAAUUUCAAUAAAUCAUUUCAGAUCUCCGAUGCCGUCCUCGACGCUCACCUCUCCGUGGAUCCAGAUGCCAAGGUAGCCUGUGAGACCGUAGCCAAGACCGGCAUGGUGAUGUUGUGUGGAGAGAUCACCUCAACUGCCCAAAUCGACUACCAACAACUUGUGAGAAGCGUAGUGAAGAAGAUUGGUUACGACGACUCCAGCAAAGGCUUUGACCACAAGACCUGCAACGUUCUGGUCGCUUUGGAACAGCAAUCGCCCGAGAUCGCUGCUGGAGUACAUAUGCACAAGGACGAGGAGAAUGUUGGCGCUGGAGAUCAGGGAAUCAUGUUCGGGUAUGCUACAGACGAGACUGAAGAGGCCAUGCCAUUGACUUUGGUACUGUCACACAAACUUAACGCCAAGCUUCAUGAGUUAAGGAGAAAUGGCACUUUGGAAUGGGCUCGGCCUGAUUCAAAGAGUCAGGUAAGUGUAUCAUUAUAUAUUUUAUUUUUAAGGUCAAGAAAUGUAUAGAAUAACUGAUUUCAUAAAGUCAUGAUUGUCUUUUUAAAACUUUUUUAAUUUAAAAAAGUUUGAAUGAUAUUUUGUAAGCUAACACAAUUUUUUAAUCAAAAUUCUUGCCAAAACCGUUAUCAGUUGUUUCAAAUUCAAGCAAAGAUUAUUAGGUGUAAUCAAUUACUAUCGAGAGUGAAGGUCAACUAAGUUUACUGGAAGUUUCCUAUCUCUAGAUACCUGUCAUGGAAACAGCUGUAGCGACGACCAAAAGUCAACUACUUGUUAUUACAAAACAUCAAAGACAAUUCUUUUUACAAAGACAUCCCUUUUUGUUGCGGCAAAAACUUUUAAACACAACAAAACAGACCAGAAUAGAUGAUAAACAUUAAACUGACAAAAUAAAAGCUAAUAACAUAAAACAUGGCUUUUUCAUAUUCUAUAAUCACCUUUAAACCUUAACUCAUCAAACGAUAUUCUAGGUAACAAUCGAGUACGUCUAUGACAAGGGAGCCUGUGUCCCUCGCCGCGUCCACACCAUUGUAAUGUCAACUCAACAUUCCCCUGACGUUUCCCUCGAGCAGAUCCGUCGAGAACUGGAAGAACAUGUGAUCAAAGCUGUCAUCCCCAAAGACCUCUACAUCAACACCAAACUGCAUCUGAAUCCGUGUGGCAGCUUCGUGAUGGGCGGCCCAAUGGGUGACGCCGGACUGACCGGUCGUAAAAUCAUCGUCGACACUUAUGGAGGUUGGGGAGCUCAUGGUGGAGGCGCCUUCUCGGGAAAAGACCCUACCAAAGUUGACCGGUCCGGUGCCUAUGCUGCCCGAUGGGUGGCCAAGUCGUUGGUUAAGGCUGGGUUAUGCAGAAGAUGUUUGGUACAGGUCAGUUAUGCUAUUGGAGUAGCUGAACCAUUGAGUAUUAUGGUGUCCCACUUCGGAACAUCACCUUUGAACGAACAAGAGCUUCUGAAGAUCGUGAACGACAACUUUGACCUGCGACCAGGAAUGUUGAGCAAGUAAGCCAAUCUUUUUUGUUAUGAUAGUAACUGCCAUUAUGAUAGUACUGUUUCUAGUUAUUUAUUAUUCUCCUAAGCAUUUUCUGAUAUUAAUCUGAUAUAACAAUUACAUUUUUCAGACACCUUGGCCUCAAACGCCCGAUCUACCAGAAAACGGCAGAGAACGGUCACUUUGGGCACGUUGAAUUCCCUUGGGAACAGCCGAAGGAAUUGUUUGUAGAGAAGUCCAUUCAAGAAUCUCUCAAGACCCGGCUAUAA